UCAGAGUUUAGGUGACUGUGUGAUCUUGAAUCAACCUGGAAGAUGAAUUUCACCAUUUUAUGGUUUGUUUUGCUUUUCUGUGGCUCGAUUUCGGCCCAGGAUGAUGGCAAUGCUACUGAAACACAGUUAUGCCAUCCUGAUAUGUGUGACCUCAUGAAGGAGUUUGCUGCCAUGAAAGAAAAACUUGGAGCUGUAGAAACCAGGCUGAAGGACAGUGAAAACCAGAUUCUGGACCUGAAGAAUAAAGAAAGAACCAAGGUGAUAUUCAGUGCAGCUACUGAAGGAGAUAGAGCCAUUGGACCAUUCAACACAGAAACAACUUUAAUCUACAGAAGAGUGAUUACAAACAUUGGAAAUGCCUACAAUCAAUUCACAGGUCACUUCAUCGCACCUGUUGCAGGUGUUUAUCACUUUACCAUAUUUUAUCAUGCUGGAGGAGAACAUCGGGUAAGGCUGUUUCUGUACAAGAACAAUCACAUAAUGGCUGAGACUCAUGAUCACCCGUCAGUGUCUGACACAGCUGAUAAUGGAGGAAACGCAGUGUUCCUGGAGCUACAGCCAGGAGACAACGUCUAUGUAAACAUGCACGUAAAUACACAUGUGUGGGGUUCCUCCAGAGCUACAACUUUCAGUGGGUUUCUGGUCUCUCAACUGUGAUAAUGGAUCCCUUCACAAUAAUUUACCACUUUGUUGGGAUAAAUAAUCAAUACUAGAUGCAUUUCUAGAUUUGUCAAAUUCAUGAUUCAUUUAUUACCAAUAUACUUUGAAACCAGCUUAGAAAGAUGGCAGUUGUAUUGUCUGUACAUUCACAGAAAUAAACCAUCUCAAAUGGAGUUCUCACUCUAAAAAAAGUGGAUGAUUUUGUGAAUGAGGGUAAGCAAAACCUGAUUUCUAUUAUGAACCUUGCUGUAUUAUUGUGUAAUGAUAAUUGUAUGUUGAUUGAUGUUUGAUUGAUGUUUGUUAUGUUGUGUUGUUUAUUUGUUUGUCAAGAUUUGAACACAUCUAAUAUUCAAAUGUUAGUACUAUGACUUUAUGGCAGCAUAUAGAUUGAAAUGUAUGUGUUCUAAUGCCUACAAACACCUCUGUUUCAGGAACCAACCAUUCAGUGGUUUUUCUGUUCACUUGAAUGUGAGAAUCAAUGCACUGUAUUUCUGUUAU